AUGUCGCAGACGGAAGGAACAAAGAGACGACGUGCAAGGAGGAUGGUACAGCCUGCUGCAGCAUCUCAAGACGGCCGGAGCCCUGCGGAGGACUCUGCUGGAAUCGUCCCUCAAAUAUGCCCUCCAAGCGCUUGCGAGCAGGCUCUUGCAACAGAAGAUUUAGUGUCGACGCAGAUGUUGAGCUCGUCUGGCCUUGGAAUGGGCUACUUGACCGAUCAAAAUGUCCAAGGCAAUCAGCAAACAAGUGUCUUCGGCGACCUCCCCGACAUGUACAACUUCUCCACCGAGCCAGAUUGGCAACUGACAUUUCCUUCGGGGAUGCCGUCUCCCGUCAACAGCCUGUUUGUAUCCUCACUACUUCCUUGGAGAGACUUUUCAACAGACAGCUUCCUGGGUCACGGUGAUGAGUCUUCAGCCCAAAAUAAGCCCGAUUCAAGCCUUGCGGUGCCGAACCAUGAAAAUCCAAAGAGACAUCCAGAACCUAGUAUCCCAAAUACAGAGCCGGCAUUAGGCUCUACUACGCGAGGCCAGCCCUCUUCGGUAUCAACGAACGAGGUGGAUUUGAGCUUGUUUGAUGUCACAGAUCACCAGCGUGAGCUUCUACAACACUUCAGCCCGGCAACAAAUCCUAUCCCACUUCUCGUUCCUCUUGAUUCCCAAUGGAGGUCGGCAUAUACAUCUCUCAUGUCGAUGGCAUGCGGCUGCUCAUGUCUUAUCAAUGCGAUUUGUUCCAUAUCCGAACUUCAUUUGACUUCUUCGAGGCACGGUUCGGUUGGCCAGGCCCUUAGCUACUAUGAGAAGGCUAGCACCAAGGCUGAGUCCAUCCUAAACAAUUCGACUCAGCGCGUCGAUAACAAGCUACUUAAGCAAGCAUUUGCUACGAUCUUCUUGCUCAUGCAUGCUGAGAUGAUGGCGCAACCGCUCGCCGGACCCAAACGUUGGCCUACAACUCAUCUACGAACUGCCUAUCGUUGGCUGAAGCAAUAUGAUCAUAGGAUAAAACUCUGGACAGGCAUCAGCAGUCACAUCCUCUCAUGGAUCCAAGUCAUGGACAGCAAAGCGGUAUAUGCAGCCGGAAUGGAGGAUGAGAAGGACCGGCCGUCUCCCAGCACCGAUGCGGCCGCAUUGCCCAGCCCAAAUGUGACCCUAGACACGAACUCGCCCAUGCCAACAAAUAGUGUAUACAUCUGCUCAGAUGACGCUGGCACUCUCAGACCGGAACCUAUACUUGAUACAGACUACGAUGACCACAAUGGAGGCGAUGAGAGUUUCUCGGCAGCAGAGAUCGCAUACGACGCGAUAAACACGCCAGCCUACAAAUUCUUCCUGCGAUGCCAGUCGUUAAUACCUCGAAUCAUAUCUCUUGACCUGCAUCAUAGGCCGAGAGGCUCUCUUGAUGCUGAAUUCGAAGUCCUCCAGAUCGGUCAGCGGCUUCGAGCCGAGCUCAAGCAUUUAUGGGCCAGGAGGCCUAGGGAGCUCAACGUUCUUUCUGACAGCUCGGGGCUGCGGGAUGUGUUGCAUCCGAGUGUCGCCAGAAAGAUUACACAAGCAUUUCGAAUUUACGUGGCAAACUUUCAUGCCCUUCGGAUCAUACUUCAUCGGGUUGCGUUCAGUCAUUAUCCCACCACAGAUGAGGUGAAGCAGUCGAUAUCGGAGAUUUUACGACUAGUCAACGAGCAGCUCGCUUCUACCAGGACUGACACCGGUAACUCGGAGUCGAACUCAAGUCUGGCAGAACAGCCGACUAGCCGUAUAGAAUCCGAAGAGAGCAAUACAGGAACGACUCCUGAAACACUAUCACCUGGAACACCGUGGCUUUGGCCACUCUUUAUGUGCGGUCUUGAAUGCACGAUGGACAAACGCCACUGGAUCCUUGAGCUGAUACGCAACAUGAAGGCUGAGGAUUCUAACGCCGAGAAAACGGCGAUAUUGUUGGCAGAGGUUACCAAGAGACAAGAUGCAAAAGCAGCGAGAAUUGAUCAGAGAACUGUGCGGGCGGACAUCUUUGAAGAUGAGUUUUGUGUUGUUUACUAG